UCAGUUUCGAUUUGAAUCACAAGUCGUUCAGCGAGCCAGUCAUACAGGAGCACAGGAAGCGCUUUCCAAACCCGCCCGUGUUGUGUCCCGAUGUGAGGAGCGCUGAGACAGGCUCGCUUUUCUAAAGCUGUGUGGAUGAUCAGUUCAGAAGAUGGAAAAGAAAACUGCAGACGUGGAAACAGUUACAGGUGCAUCAGGAAUCGUCAGUGUUUCUCAGAGUUUUGGCAGUUUCGACCGUGACUACAAGGGUAUAAUCCCUGCACGUGAUGCCAAGUCUCUCAGUUGGAGUAGACCUACUUUCAGCAACCCUAAGAUUCCUGGUUUGCUGAGGAGAGUUUUCAAGGGGGGGUCUGAUAGAAAGUCCAGACAUCAAGAGGUUGGUGAAUGGAGCCUGGAAGAGUGUCGACACUCCAUCAUGGAGCUGGCAAAGGAGAUGAACAGAGUCUUGAAGAACUCUGCCAUUCCUACCCCUGUGUCCAGUGAGGAUACGUGCAGCCUGGAAGAGUGUCGCUGCUUCAUCAUGAAAUGGGCUGACGAGUUGGACAAGCUGGUCCAGACACCAAAGCAAAGCCAGAGUGCUGGACAGGUUGAGCAAAGAAAAGGAGCAGAGCUGAGAAACAAAGAGGAUCUCCCAGGACCAGAGAGGGAGGAGCUGAGUGAGGGGGCGGGGCACAACCAGGGGGAGCAGCUGAACCAAGAGGAGGAGCAAAGACUGAAGGACGGUCAUGACAUCAUCAUGCAGUGGGCAAGAGAGCUGAAGACAGUGCCAGAGAACUCUGUCUCAGCGGGGGAGGCUGUGGAACAGGGUCUUGCAGAGCUGGUGAAGGAGUGGAAACGAGGCAAGCUGAGUAACAUCUUACCCAUCAUGGAGUUCAUCAUGUGGACCCUGAUCAAGGAGGAGGCAAAGGGAAUGCUGAAAUCUCAGAAUAUUGGUGCUGGGAGAUGCAUCCCUGAUUUAGCCUGGCAGUGGAUUCACAAGGCAUCAGUUGAUGUGACUCUGGACCCUGAUACAGCACACCCCGAGCUCAUCCUGUCUUCGGAGGGGAAACGAGUGAGAGAGGGAGAGACACGGCAGAGUCUCCCUGACAAUCCAAAGAGAUUUGAUAGCUGGUUCUGUGUGCUGGGCAGGGAGGGCUUCACCUCGGGGAGACGCUACUGGCAGGUGCAGGUGGGGGGGAAUACACCGUGGAGAUUAGGAGUCAGCAGAGAGUCUGCACCGAGGAAGGGGGGGUUCAGCAUGACCCCCCAGCAGGGUUACUGGACUGUGGAGUGGUGGAGUGAUGAGUUCACUGCUCUCACUGACCCCCGGACCCCCCUCCCCCGGAGCCUGAAGCCCCAGAAGCUGGGGGUGUAUCUGGAUUAUGAGGAAGGGCAGCUCUCCUUUUACAAUGUGGAGACCAGAUCUCACAUCUACACUUUCAUUGACAUGGAGUUCAAUCCCAAUGAGAAACUCUAUCCAUUCUUCAGGACUGGGGACAAGAAAACAGACCUUGUGCUGGAGUCCCCUGACCCAGACCCUGUCAGCGCUGCAGAUUAAACACACAUUGCUGUCUGAACCAGGAAACUAUUCAAACAGCUCAGACAAUCUCCUCUUCACUUUCACUGACACUCUCUCUGCACUCUUCUGGGCUGAUGAGAAGAAAUCCUCUCUCUUUCACCCUCUUACCCUGAGUCCCUCCUCUUUAUUUCUCUACACCCCCUUUCCUACUCUUCCUUCCUGUCUCCCUCUCUCUUUCCCCUCCACCUCUCUCCAUCUCCUGCUCUCUCUUUCUCUCCUCUCCCCUUCUCCUCUCUGCCUCCCCUAUGGCUCUCCCCUCUUUCUCUCUCCCUUCCCUCUGAUAUGCUAAUCCCCUCCCUUUCCCACUCUCCCUCUCUCCUCCAUCCUCUCUAAUCUCCCUCUCUCCACCCUGCCUUCUCUACUCUCCCUCUCUCCUCCAUCCUCUCUACUCUCCCUCUCUCCUCCCUGCUCUCUCUACUCCCUCUCUCCUCCAUCCUCUCUACUCUCCCUCUCUCCUCCAUCCUCUCUACUCUCCCUCUCUCCACCCUGCCCUCUCUACACUCCCUCUCUCCUCCCUGCCUUCUCUACUCUCCCUCUCUCCUCUAUCCUCUCUACUCUCCCUCUCUCCUCCAUCCUCUCUCCUCUCCCUCUCUCCUCCAUCCUCUCUCCACCCUGCCCUCUCUACUCUCCCUCUCUCCUCCAUCCUCUCUACUCUCCCUCUCUCCUCCAUCCUCUCUCCUCUCCCUCUCUCCACCCUGCCCUCUCUACUCUCCCUCUCUCCUCCAUCCUCUCUACUCUCCCUCUCUCCUCCCUGCCUUCUCUACUCUCCCUCUCUCCUCCAACCUGCCCUCUACUCUCCCUCUCUCCACCUUGCCUUCUCUACUCUCCCUCUCCACCCUGCCUUCUCUAUUCUCCCUCUCUCCUCCCUGCCUUCUCCUCUCACCCUCUCUCCUGCAUCCUCUCUACUCUCCCUCUCUCCACCCUGCCCUCUCUACUCUCCCUCUCUCCUCCCUGCCUUCUCUACUCUCCCUCUCUCCACCCUGCCCUCUCUACUCUCCCUCUCUCCUCCAUCCUCUCUACUCUCCCUCUCUCCUCUCUCCUCCGUCUCCCUCUCUCCUCCCUCCCCCCUCUAAUUUUGUACUGUGAUAUUUUGUAACAGCUGUAAGUCUCCCUGGAUAAGGGUGUCUGCUAAGAAAUAAAUAAUGAUAAAAGACUUUCUAGACAAUAGAUGAAUGCAUUAUUUUCCAUGUAAUCAAUAUUUACACUGAAGCUGAGAUGUUCCCUGAGUAUUAUUCAUUGCUAAACUUAGUGACCUGAUUUCUGCUAUUUUGAUAUGAAUCUUCUGUUCUGUUUUUGUAGCACAUCUGUUUUCUAUCUUUCUUGAU